GCGGCAUGGAAACAUCUACAAGGGCCAAUGUCAAGGCAUAUCGAGUCUCUUAUUAGGUUCUGCGGUGGUCCAAUCACAUUGGCAGAGUAUAUGGAAGAGGUGUUAACGAAUCCCACAGCUGGCUAUUAUAUGCAUCGGGAUGUCUUUGGCACCGAUGGAGACUUUGUGACAUCUCCUGAUAUCAGCCAAAUGUUCGGAGAGGGCACUGCCCAGUUCCAGCCAUUCGCUGCAUCUUUGUCGGUUCAUCUGGUCGAGUGCAGUCCGGCGCUACGCCAACUUCAGUGGAAGGCAAUGCGGUGCAGUGCAAAUUCACUGACGUCAGACGGAUCCACAUCAGGCAGCACUGACACAUCGCAGGAGUCCUCCACAGUGCAAAGGGAUCCUGUACCUGUUCAACAAGCUGGGAUAAGUGCAAUCUCUCAAGUGCCUGUGUCUUGGCAUCUACAACUGGAAGACAUUCCAAGAGGAGACCCAGCUAUUGUUAUUGCGCAUGAAUUCUUCGAUGCACUGCCUGUUCAUCAAUUUCAGAUGACUGACCGGGGCUGGUGUGAGAAGUUAGUGGAUGUCGCGCAACAACCAAGAGACCAGGAGUUUCGCUGUGUCCUCUCGCCACACCCAACUCCAGCUGUUAGCCUUUACCUGAAAAGGCGGUUGAUGUUGAUGAGCCCUGAGGAGAGGCGGCAUCACAAGCAGAUGGAAGUUUGUCCUGCUGGGAUGAAGCUUGCUGUGGAUCUCGCAAAGAGGGUGGGGGAGGACGGAGGGGCCGCACUCAUCAUUGACUACGGAGAAGACCAUGCCAUGGCAGACACUUUGCAGGCGAUCCGAAAGCAUGAAUUUGUUGACGUCCUUGAGACGCCAGGCCUAGCUGAUCUCAGUGCGUACGUGGAUUUUGAGGCCCUCCGGCAGGCUGUCAAAUCAUCUGGCGGUAAGUGAUGAAUUUUUUUUAAUUUUUUUUUACCGAAAAAAAAGACAACCACUAUGGUCAACCUUCUCUUCCUUUGUCUUUUUUGAAGUUUUUGAAUGUUUUUUGACUUUUUUGAAGUUUUUCCUUCUUUCUUUCCCUUCCCAUUUGUCUGCCAGUUCUCUUUGCUAUGUCUGCUGUUGCCCCCCCCCCCCCCCCUCCCUGAAAAAGAAAAAGGUCUUGCGCCAGCAUGAUGGCAUUUGCGAUGCCAAUAUAGGUUAUCUGCAUUGCAAAAUCAGCAGCGAUAUUCAUGCGGAUUUUUGCAAUGGACAAUUUCUCGACUCACACUUGUGCAACGCGGAGCUUGAGGUGUCCGCAGACCGCAGUGUCUGUCUGUCACCGACUCACCCGCAUCAUGCAGUCAAACUAUAUAUACCAAGUGAAUAAAAUGAUUUUUUCUCAAGUAGUCUCAAAUUUGAAAUUUGAAAUUUGAAAUUUUUGUGCAACAGUACAAGAGUAUUGUCAAGCAGUCUCAAAUUACUAAAAGAGUGUGCUUUGCAAAGCAAAUGAAUUUGCAACGGGCCC